AUGAGUUUCUUGACGAUCACAAUGAACGGUUUAUUGAGUGUUUUGGGUGGUUUCGUCUCAUUAAAGUUGAUACGUGAAUACAUUCCAAUCUUCAUUCAACGUGGUCACUAUGGAAAUGAUCAAUGCAAGGUGAGCGAUGCGCCUGUUCCCGAGCCAAUGGGUGUUAUCACUGCGGCUGUUUAUCUCAUUGUUAUGUUUAUCUUCAUUCCAUUUCCUUUCAUCGAAUGGGCAUACACAGAAGUUUCUUUUCCACAUGAUAAAUUCUUGGCUUUCCUUUCUGCUAUCAUCUCGAUUUGUACGGCAAUUUUACUGGGCUUUGCUGACGAUAUGCUUGAUUUAAGAUGGCGUCACAAAUUACUUUUUCCAACGCUUUCUUCAUUACCGGUUUUGAUGGUUUACUAUGUGCAAGGCAGCUCGACAACGAUUGUUGUUCCGAAAAUUGUUCGUUACUUUGUGUCAUUGAUGGGAUUUGAGAUGACAACUUUUCUUAAUAUCAGUUUGUUCUACUAUCUUUUCAUGGGGAUGGUAAUCGUUUUUUGCACAAAUGCAAUUAACAUUUAUGCGGGUGUCAAUGGUUUAGAGGUUGGGCAGAGUCUUGUCAUUGCUUCAUCAAUUACUUUGUACAAUUUCAUACAGUUAUAUCGUCUCGAUGAUCCAGUGACCAGUUGGCAAAACUGGUUAUCAAUCUACUUUUUGGUGCCAUUUAUCGCAACAUCGCUAAUUCUUUAUAACUUCAAUAAGUGUCCAGCUCGGGUAUUUGUCGGUGAUACAUACUGUUAUUGGGCGGGUAUGACAUUGGCUGUAGUGGCAAUUCUGGGCCAUUUUUCAAAAACUGCAAUGCUUUUCUUUAUUCCACAGGCACUCAACUUUAUCUAUUCGAUUCCUCAGUUGUUUCAUUUUGUUCCCUGUCCAAGACAUCGACUUCCUAAAUUUGAUGCAAAAACAAAUACUGUUGGGAUGAGUUUUGCCGAGUUUAAAGAAUCUGACCUGGGCCGGAUCGGACAAUUGAUUGUCUCUAUUUUGUCCACGAUCGGCCUUCUUUUUAGGGAGAAUUUCGAAAAAGGUGGAGAAAAAUGGACUCGAGUUAACAACUUCACAGUGAUUAACUUGCUGUUAAAAUUUGUUGGUCCGGUGAAUGAGCAUACCCUCACCAAUUUGUUGAUGUUGCUCCAAAUGUUUUCGUCAAUUCUCGCUUUCUUUAUUCGUUUUUAUUUGGCUCGAAUGUUGUAUGAUGUUGUUUUG